AUGCUACUCCAUGCCUGCCUCGCCGUGUCCGCCAAACAGCUAUCCCGCGCUCCUCAAUCCACCACGUCCCUCACCCUCAACACCUCCCCGGUCUACUACUACCAGCAAGCCCUGCGAGAAAUGAGCCACUUUCUCAUUGAACCAAGCUACUCUGGUAGCGAUGAGCUCUUAGCAUCAAGUAUCAUUCUAUCUACAUACGAAAUUCUCGAUGUCUCCGGCCCAAGCUUCGGUUCUCACCUAAAGGGCGUCGCCAGCCUAAUCCGCUCCCACCGCAUUACAGGCGACGAGACGGGCAUCCGCGGUGCAACGUACUGGACAUGGUACCGACACGAAGUAUGGGUCGCGUUUCAAACAGGACGACGAAUGUUUCUCGACGAAGGGUACUGGCAACCGAAGGACGUGCAGGAGGGGUUUGAAGGGAUGUCGAUGCGCGAUGUGGCGAAUCGAGUGCUAUUUGUGUUUGGGCAGUGUGUCUCAUGGUAUGGGGAUUUGCAUGCAGGGGGAAGGGAUAGGUCUCGGGGAGAGUUGUGUACUACCCCCUCUCCUUCUCCUAGUACUAUUAGUACCAGUGCUACUGCUAUGAGGGCACAGCAGGAGGAUGUUGAAACGCAACGAGCUCGUGCGAACGAGCUACGAGGUGCAUUGGAGGAGUGGAAGAGGAAACUCCCCGUUUCUAUGAGAAUAUAUUUCCGACAGACACAACCCCAAACCCAGAGUCAGACCCACGGCCUGCAAGAAAACGGCUCUACAGCAUCAACGGGACAAGAGAUCAACCAGUUUCCAGCAACCUGGUACGCCUAUCCAGAAAGCGCAAUUUCGCACCAACUCUACCACGCCUCCAAGAUCCUCCUAGGACUACACACCCCCUCGUCCUCACCCGGAUCCAGCAACUCAAACGAAAACAACCCCCUCCGCACCCGCCGGGAAUUAGAAAGAUCACGCCGCGAGAUCUUCAUGAUCGCCAACUCUCGCAUCGAUCAGACCUGGGGUCUUAUUUCGACCCAAUGUCUGUACGUCGCGGGCCUGGUCACCGAGGGGAUCCUGGAGCGAGAAUGUACGUUGGAAUUGAUCGAAAUGUGUCAGCGGGUGACAGGGCGGCAGACGGUUUGUAUUGCGGAUCAGUUGAGGGGGUUUUGGCAGGAGGAAGAAUAG